UCCAAAGCAAUGUAGUGUGCCAAUUCAACGUGACGGCGAAAGGAGUGAAAGUUUAGCGACUUGUCAAAAUCUUUGUCAAAUGUCGGUUUUUAAAUUCAUGUGCGGAUUUAUAUCAUUCAACUAAUGGAUAUAUUAUAAAGUUGGACAGCGAAAACGCUGAAAAUGCCUCUGAAACAGAUGCAUCAUAAUGGGAUAACGAUUGCGAAGCCGAAUGAAUUUGAAAAUCAAUUUCGGCCUCCAAUCAUCUCCCAUCUCCCUCCUCUCAGCGCAAGGGAGCCUGCAUAUAGUGAAAAGCCUAAAAUAUUAGAGCGAGGGUCUUACACACAAGCAGCUCCGAUAAAGGAGAAGAAACACUUCCGGAAAGUGAGUGACUCUAUCGGCAACAAUUACAGUCCGGAGGCACGGCACCUCACAACUUCCUUUAUCUACGAGACAACAAAGUUUGAUUACACGACUGAGGAGAAUUUCUUCCUGUCCCUGAAGACGAGAAUCACGUCCCCUAGUGAAAUACGUCGCCUGGCAACCCUUGCGACCCCACGCACUGUAACCAAUGGCUACUUUGAUACAAGUAAACAGAACGCUGACUUCUUGAGACAUUCAGCGAAUUAUAGAACACUGUCCCACCGAGCUCAAAAUGGUGCUAUCCCAGAAAACGGGUUUCAGACUGUGCUGCCACCUAUCACCGGGCACAACGGUCAGAGUGACACGGACUACAGCAGCUACGCCAAUGGAACCCUGUCACAGAGUUACACAGGAAGUUCCCACCACCACACCAGCAGUUCAGGCGGGGCUGGCGAGACGACCAGGUUCAGCUCGGUCAGUGUCGACGACAGCGUGGACAGUGGCCGCCCUUCUUCACCGCCAUUUAUACACGACAUGCCUGUACUUCAGGAAGAUCAGUCACAAGAAGAGUCUGAUGAGGAUGCUGACUCUGGUGGUGUAGACGAUGACGAAUUACGCUUGUCAACAGGAUAUGAUGACAUGACUUUGUCAGUUCUUAAGGUCGUCUUCCCUCCCUUUUACUUCUCCACACAUGGGCUGUCACGCCCCUGCACUCCGACAGAGGAGGACAAACCAAGGUAUUACCAGUUGGUGGAAAAGGCGAUCGACUCCUACAUGAUCUCACCGGUACAGAAGGAGACAAUCCAGGGUAUCUACAACUUUGUCCCCAAGGACCUACGUACGUCAGUACCAGCAGCCUGUAAACACUUCCUCAAGGAGAUGGAUGAGGACAGAAAGUAUGCCAUAAAGAAAGCCAUCCUGGAUUAUAUUCUCCUCGAUCCUAAGGAACAGGAGAGACUUGGUGUCUGGAUGCCGGAGAAACCAUCUAACUCUGCUGGCAGAGAGGUGUUUCCCUGGCAUCAGACAGUCCUAGAACGGCGAGAUUUUAUGACGAAAGACCUGUACAUUACCCAUCCCAUAAUGUACACCAUCCUCUUCCAUUUUGAGUCAAAAUAUGGCCAGUUCAGACUGAUUGAUCUGCCAGGACUCCGGCAGAUAAUGCCUAUUACAAUGGAAACAUUUUUAAAGCAUGUACAGAACUCGAGUCAGGCAGGGUCCGAGAUGUUACGUAAAGUGUGGCUACAGGAAUGCUGUGAUCUGGUGGACAGUCGUCGGGACGAGGUUGAGAGAUGGAUGCCUCACGAUGAUCCAAAACUACGGAUGGUGAAGAUGGAACACUUCUUUGCAUGUGUUUCUUCUCUGAUGUCGAAUUUGCUUAGGAGCUGUGUGAAAAAGUCUAUCCUUGACCUUGUUGAACUUGUGGAGGAGUAUUACGAAGGCAACAAGUACAAGGGUGUGUACAACAUCAUGGAAGGCCUCGCCCUGCCGCUGAAAAUGCACCCCGUCAAGUUCUUUAUGGAAGAAGACGAGCCCAAGGCUAGUCUGAAGUUCAAACCUCCGAUCCCCGACAUCUGUGACUUUUUCUGUCUCAUCAUCGACCUAAUGGUGACCUCUGUCCAGAACCUUCCCUGUAUCAAUGGCCUGCUAUUCCAGACGUACGAGGAUGCUGAAGCUCAAACCAUCUCCACUGUUUUAAUUGAGGAGGAGCUAGUUGCGACUUCAAAGGAGAGGAUCCGAACAGUUAUCAAGGCCAAUGAGUUCGGACCGACAAGCUACAAGGCAGUGUACCAACCCUACAAGCACCUGCUCUCUGUGGAAAUGGUUCAGAAAAUACAGAAGUUUGUAAGCCGAGAGCGACCCCUCAGAGAAUAUGUCAAAGAGAUUGAGGUCUUGAAGAAGAUGGCCUCGGAGAUUGGAUCCCUUCCUGUGUUCAUACCUAUGCAUUUCUUCUUACUGGACUGUAACCACAUCAAUAAGUGGCUGAUUGACCGCGCCCGUCACCUGAUAGAGAUUCUGGUGACCAAUAUCAUGGACACGAGUCACAAGUUUAACCGCGGCAUCUGUAAACAGUAUGACACGAUCGUAAAAAGUGUGGCCAAGCACGCGGAGAACACUGAACAACUUGUCAAGCUCAAGAACUACGUUGACAGUCUCAAGUGUGGAGAGCUCCUGGAGCUCAAGGACAAACAGGAGGUAGCCGCUGGAAACCUGAUGUUUCUAUUAGAGUACACCUAUCUCCCAAAGGAUGACAUCAUCCUCAACAAUAGCACCUUCUCCUGGGCCGACCGCAUCGUCCCCAUCAUCACCAACACUGAAAACAAACUCCAACGUGAACACGACAUUUAUUGUCAGAAGUUACGAGACAAAAAGAAAAAUUUCCAGAACCAGCUUGAUGAGACUGCCAAGCAGGUGGCGAGUUUUGCUCACCGAGACCGAAUGGCGGAGGCGGAGAACUACGUGCAGGACCUGCGUGAUAUAGAACAGCGACUGGAUGGAUUCCUGGAGGAGAAAGCGAAGAUUAACCGCGAGGAACAGCUGCUAGAACUGGAGACUGUGACACCAUACAACCAGAUCCAGGACAUCAUGUUGGCCCGCGAGCCAUACGAGAAGCUCUGGAACACUGCCGUCACCUUCCACAAGGAACACGAUAAGUGGAUGAAUGGGCCUCUCCUUGAGGUCAACGCUGAGGUCGUAGAGGAAGAGGUACAAACACUGUGGAGAACUGCCUACAAACUCACCAAGCAGUUUGCUCACCCAGAUUUCAAGGGACCGAUGAGGGCAUCGAUCUCUAUCAAAUCAAAACUUGAAAAGUUUAAAAUCAACAUGCCGCUGAUCAAUGCCCUCUGUAAUCCUGGUAUCAAGAAACGUCACUGGGACAUGAUGAAUGAGAAGGUUGGGUUUAACAUGGCACCGUCGGAGGAAACGCCCCUCAUUGAGGUCCUACAGAUGGAGCUGGAUAAAUACCUUGAUGUUCUAAUGGAAAUCAGCUCUCAGGCCAGCAAAGAGUUUGCCCUCGAAAAGGCUCUGACCAAGAUGAAGGAUGAUUGGGAGAAUAUGCAUUUCGGCUUUGUCCCGUACAAAGAUACGGGAAUCAACAUUCUUUCUGCACCAGACGAAAUACAGGUUCUCCUUGACGAUCACAUCGUCAAGACAACAACCAUGAAAGGAUCCCCAUUCAUAGGUCCGUUUGAGACACAGAUCAAUGAAUGGGACAUCCUCCUUCAUCGUAUGAAAGACAUCCUAGACUCUUGGCUGAAGGUACAAUCUGCCUGGUUGUACCUAGAGCCAAUCUUUGGUUCACAGGACAUAAGGAACCAGAUCCCGGUAGAGGGCAAACUUUUUGAGGAGGUAGAUGGACACUGGAAAAGUAUCAUGGAGCAUGCCGUACAGAACACCAAAGCCCUCGUGGUGUGCUCACAAGAUCAGAUGCUGGAAAACUUACAGAAGUCUGAGGCUAUGUUAGAUGAUAUCCAGAGGGGACUGAAUGAUUACUUGGAAAAGAAGAGACUGUUCUUCCCAAGGUUUUUCUUCCUGUCCAAUGAUGAACUAUUGGAGAUUCUGUCCGAGACCAAAGAUCCCCUGAGGGUACAGCCUCAUCUAAAGAAGUGCUUUGAGGGCAUCGCCCAGCUCAGCUUCGAUCCCAACAAGGUCAUCACUGCCAUGGAAUCUGCAGAGAAAGAGAUUGUGACAUUUUCAAAGACCAUCAUCCCUGCCGAUGCUUGUGGCCUUGUGGAGCGAUGGCUGUUACAGGUUGAGGAAGUGAUGAAGCUCAGUCUUAGGGAGGUAUGCAUCAAGGCUGUGAAAGCAUACCCAAAUAACCCGCGGCGCGAGUGGGUACUACAGUGGCCCGGACAGGUAGUACUGGCCGCCAGUCAGAUCCACUGGACCUCAGAAGUCACACAGGCUAUCAACAGUAACUACCUUGGGCCAUACCUGGCUAAAAGUAAUAAACAGAUAGACGAGGUGGUACAGAUGGUACGAGGCUCCUUAACAAAGAUGGCCAGGAUCACACUGGAGGCUCUCAUCGUCAUAGAUGUACACGCCCGAGAUGUAAUAGCGAACCUAGCCAAGAUAGAGAUGAGCAGUCCUGUAGACUUCUCCUGGAUCAGUCAGCUGCGCUACUACUUUGAGGACGAGUCUGUGAUGGUGAAAAUGAUCACCACGACUGUAGCUUAUGCUUACGAGUACCUGGGUAACACUGGGCGUCUAGUCAUCACCCCACUCACGGACAGGUGUUACAGAACCCUAAUGGGAGCUUUACUGUUAAAUCUGGGAGGAGCUCCAGAGGGACCAGCUGGAACCGGCAAAACUGAGACAUCCAAAGAUCUAGCCAAGGCUGUCGCUAAACAGUGUGUGGUUUUUAACUGCUCUGACGGCCUCGACUACAAGGCCAUGGGCAAGUUCUUCAAGGGCCUGGCCCAGUCCGGAGCGUGGGCAUGUUUUGAUGAGUUCAACAGGAUAGAACUUGAGGUAUUGUCUGUUAUUGCCCAGCAAGUCCAAACGAUACAGAGAGCCAUCGCCGAGCAGGUCAAGAUGUUUAUGUUUGAGGGUACCAACAUUUCUAUCGAUCCUACAUGUACAAUAUUUAUCACAAUGAACCCUGGGUACGCAGGGCGAGCGGAACUGCCGGACAAUUUGAAAGUGUUGUUUCGUACUGUUGCUAUGAUGGUACCGGACUAUGCCAUGAUUGCUGAAAUAUCACUCUAUUCCAUGGGAUUUGUGGACGCCCGCAGCAUGUCAACCAAAAUCGUGGCAACGUAUAGACUGUGUUCUGAGCUUUUGUCGUCACAGCAUCACUAUGACUACGGUAUGCGUGCUGUAAAGUCUGUGUUGACAGCCGCUGGAAGUCUGAAACUGAAAUACCCAGAGCAGCGGGAAGAUGUGUUGGUGCUGAAAUCAAUCAAUGACAUUAAUCUCCCUAAGUUUUUAUCCCAAGACAUCCCCCUAUUUGAGGGAAUCAUAUCCGACUUGUUCCCAGGAAUAGAGUUACCAGCCAUGGACUACGGUGACUUACAGCAGGCUCUCAUAGAAAACCUCAAGAAAAGUAAACUCCAGGCCGUGCCAUGGUACCUAGAUAAGAUCAUACAGAUAUAUGACAUGAUCCUGGUUCGACACGGCCUGAUGAUCGUCGGGGAUCCUCUGGGAGGGAAAACCAGCGCCUUCAAGGCCCUCGCCGCAACUCUGGGUGAUCUCUGUAAGAGUGGCAAGAUGGAUGAAAAUAAGGUCCAGUUUAGAAUUAUCAACCCAAAGGCCAUAACGAUGGGUCAGUUAUAUGGACGAUUUGACCCUGUAUCUCACGAAUGGUUUGAUGGUGUACUGGCCAAUACAUUCCGUGAGCAUGCGUCAAGCACAUCAGACUACAGGAAGUGGAUUGUCUUUGAUGGACCUGUGGACGCAGUGUGGAUAGAAAACAUGAACACAGUCCUUGAUGACAACAAGAAGCUGUGUCUGAUGAGUGGAGAAAUCAUACAGAUGAGUAACAAACAGAACAUGAUCUUUGAGCCACAGGAUCUGGAACAGGCAUCACCCGCCACAGUCAGCAGAUGUGGUAUGAUCUACAUGGACCCCCUACAGCUUGGCUGGGAGCCAUUUGUCCAAUCGUGGAUGGAGAAUGAUCUUCCUGAUAACCUCAACGCAGAUCAACGUGGCAUCAUCAAGAUGCUUUUCGAUUGGCUGCUGCCUCCUUGUCUGAUGUUUGUUUCUAAGUACUGUAAGCCUCUCCUAUCCUGUCACCCUCUCCACCACACCACAUGUCUGCUCCGACUCUACGGGUGUCUCAUGCUGGAUGUCAAGGCCAUCGGGGCAGAGGAGGAGGAGGAAGAUGAAAUCAUUGAGGAUGAUGAUGAGGAAGAGGAGGCUAAGGAGAAACCUAUUUCAAUGAACGACCAGAAGAUCAUUGAAGAGCGCACAAACAUGUUGAUCAGUUAUUUCUUCUUCUCCGUUGUUUGGUCUAUAGGAGGAGCUCUGGAUGGCAACUCACGGAUCAAAUUUGACGAGUUUUUCCGAAAUCUAUGUGAUGCAGAAGCUGGAGGGACAGUUAGCAAAUACCCUAAGCUGGGCAGUAUAACGCGGCCUAAGGAUCUGAAGUUCUCCAGGGGACUGAUGAUCCCCAAGAAGGGUCUAGUGUACGACCACGUGUACAUUCGCAAACAGUUCGGCUCCUGGUACACGUGGGGUAGCCUCAUCCAACCGUUCAAGAUUGGCGACAAAGCUAAGAAUCUUCAGGAAAAACCCAAGAGUGUAUUAGCCACUCAGGAGAUGAGAGAUCGUGAACUCCGCAUCAUGAUUAACGAGCUGAUUAUAAAUACCGUGGAGACAGAAAGACAGCGAUACUUCCUUGACCGCCUGAUAAUGCAGGACAUCCCAACAUUAUUUGUGGGCCCCACAGGGACUGGCAAGUCGGCCAUCACUAACAGCUUCCUGCUUCAGCUACCAAAGGACAAGUAUAUCAUCACCAACAUCAACUUUUCUGCCCAGACCUCGGCUAGUCAGACACAGGACAUCAUCUUCUCCAAGCUUGACAGGAGGAAGAAGGGUAUAUAUGGCCCCACACUGGGCAAAAAGCUGUGUGUGUUUGUUGAUGACCUGAAUAUGCCCGCCAAGGAGAAGUAUGGAGCCCAGCCCCCCAUAGAGAUUCUCAGACAGUGGAUGGACCACAAGUACUGGUUUGACAGGAAGGACACCACUAUCCUGGAGCUGGUUGAUAUAGUCAUGGUGUCUGCCAUGGGCCCUCCUGGUGGAGGACGGAACAACGUCACGCCCCGAUUUACGCGACACUUCAACAUCAUUGGGAUAGAGUCGUUUGAUGAGGAGACCAUGAAGAAUAUCUUCUCCCCGAUUCUUGACUGGCAUUUCAACUUCUUUGAAACAACUCUUCGUAGGUUCUCAAGGCUGAUCCUGGUGAGCACUAUGGAGAUAUACAACAGUGCCAUAGUGAAAUUCCUACCCAGUCCUUCAAGAUCACACUAUGUGUUCAACCUCCGGGACUUUGCCAGGGUUGUACAGGGUAUCCUCCUGUUGAAGCCAGAUGUGAUGCCGCCUGAGGGAAAUGAGGCUUCACUAAAAAUCAUGAGAUUGUGGGUACAUGAAGUUUACCGUGUCUUCUAUGACCGUUUGGUUGAUGAAACUGACCGCGAGGUCUACUUCGGUCUUGUCAAGCACUGUAUAGAAACACAGUUCAAGGAGAAGAUGAACAACCUAUUCAAGCACCUUCUACCAAAGGAGGCUGAGCGGGUGACGGUCAUUGAUGACGACAUCCGCAGUCUCCUGUUUGGGGAUUACCUCUCAAAGGGCAAGGAGGAGAAACUCUAUGAUGAAAUAUCCAGCAUGGAUGAGCUUAGAGAGACUAUAGAGAACUACCUGGAUGAGUACAAUAUGAUGAGUAAGGCUCCAAUGAGCCUCGUCAUGUUCAGGUUCGCCAUAGAACAUAUAUCUCGCAUCAGUCGCGUCCUCAAACAGCCCAAUGGACACUGUUUACUUGUUGGUAUUGGAGGCAGUGGUCGUCAGAGUGCUGCCAAGUUAUCAGCCUUCAUGUCAGACUUUGAGCUGUUCCAGAUUGAGAUCACAAAGAACUACACAACGUCUGAGUGGCGUGAGGACCUUAGACGCAUGAUGAGGCGUGCUGGUGACGAGGGCGUGUCCAUGGUGUUCCUGUUUGGCGACCACCAGAUCAAGGAUGAGUCCUUCCUUGAGGAUGUGAACAUGAUCCUUAAUACUGGGGACAUCCCCAACUUGUACGAGAACGAGGACAGGCUGGCCAUCAUUGAAAGGAUGCAGACCCUGUGUCAGCAGCAGAACCUGGUGAUGGAGAUGACUCCACUAAACAUGUACAACAUGUUUAUAGAACGUAUCCGACGUAACCUCCACGUGGUCCUGGCGUUCAGUCCCAUCGGGGAUGCCUUCCGCAACCGUAUUCGCAUGUUCCCAUCUCUCAUUAACUGUUGUACGAUAGAUUGGUUCAAGGCCUGGCCUGAGGAUGCUUUAGAAUUGGUGGCUAACAAGUUCUUGGAUGAUGUAGAAAUGUCACAGUCGGUGCGUGAGGAGACGGUCGUGAUGUGUAAACACUUCCACGAGAGUGUACGAGCUCUUUCAGAAAAGUACUAUGAUAUUCUAAGGAGAAGAAACUAUGUGACCCCAACAUCGUACCUAGAACUUAUAAAGACAUUUAAAAAUCUACUGAACAAGAAACGACUGGAAAUACUCACUCUGAAAAACAGAUACCAAGUUGGUUUGGAAAAACUCAACUUCUCUGAACAGCAGGUGAACAUCAUGCAGCAAGAGCUUGUGGAGCUGAAACCGAAGCUGGAAGAGACGAGUCGCGACACGGAGGACCUCAUCAAGUACAUUGAGAAGGAACGGAUAGAGGUGGAGUCUGUCAAGGCCGUGGUAGAGAAGGACGAAGCAGCUGCCAACGCUGCAGCCGGUGACGCACGAUCCAUAAAAAUCGAGUGUGAGGAGAAGCUAGCCAUAGCAAUGCCUGCCCUAAAUGCUGCUGUGUCGGCCCUUGACACCCUUAACCAGAAUGACAUCACCCUCGUCAAGACCAUGAACAACCCUCCCCUUGGUGUGAAACUUGUAAUGGAGUCUGUCUGUAUCAUGAAGGGUAUCAAACCAGACCGAAAGGUGGACAGUAAUGGAAAGCCAUUUGAAGAUUACUGGCCAGCAGCUAAGAAGAUGCUGGGAGAUUUGAAGUUCCUGGAGUCACUCAAGGAGUAUGAUAAAGAGAACAUCCCUCCUGCAACCAUUAAGAAAGUUCGGGAAAAGUACAUUGUCAACCCAGAUUUUGACCCCACCAUUAUCAAGAAAGUGUCGUCUGCUUGUGAGGGUCUGUGUAGAUGGGUGCGGGCCAUGGAUGUGUUUGAUAGUGUGUGGAAGGUUGUCCACCCAAAGCGAAAAAACCUAGCGGAAGCUGAAGCCAUUCUGGCCACGCAACUCGCAAAACUUCACGAAAAACAGGCUCAACUGAAAGAGGUGACGGAUAAACUGAACAUGCUGUUGGAUAAUCUCAAGGUCAAACAGGAGGAAAUGAAGAACCUAGAGGAUAACAUAGAACUGACCAAAGUAAAGAUAGAGAGAGCGGAGAAACUGAUCAGCGGACUGGGCGGAGAGAAAGAAAGAUGGACACAGAAUAUUGAGGACUUGACGGAGACAUAUGACAACAUUGUCGGUGAUGUACUGCUGUCAGCCAGUGUGGUGGCUUACCUUGGACCCUUCAUCCUCGACUACCGACAGGAAUGCGUGAAGGAGUGGUAUAGGAUGUGCAAGGAGAAAGGUAUUCCCCUGUCCGAGGUAUUCUCCUUACAGGCGACCUUGGGCGAUCCUGUCAAGAUCCGUGACUGGCAGAUUGCCGGCCUCCCUGUAGAUAAUUACUCUGUGGAAAAUGCCAUCAUAGUGACCAGUGCCAAUCGCUGGCCACUCAUGAUCGACCCUCAAGGUCAAGCAAACAAGUGGAUCAAAAACAUGGAAAAGGCCAACAAGCUAGAGAUUAUAAAACUAUCAGACCCUAACUACAGCAGACAGCUAGAAAAUUGUGUACAGUUUGGAAACCCUUGUCUCCUGGAAAAUGUUGGAGAAGAGUUAGAUCCUAUCCUAGAUCCCAUCCUUCUGAAACAGACAUUCAAGCAAAACAACAUGGAGUACAUUCGUGUAGGCGACCAUAUUAUAGAGUACAGUCGUGACUUCAAAUUCUACAUCACAACCCGCCUCCGUAACCCCCACUAUCUCCCAGAGGUCAGUGUCAAGGUGACUCUUCUCAACUUCAUGAUCACCCUUCUUGGCCUUGACGACCAGUUACUAGGGAUUGUUGCAGCCAAGGAGAAGCCAGAACUGGAGGAGAAAAAGAACCAGCUCAUCAUUGAGAGUGCUCAUAACAGACGCCAACUCAAAGAGAUUGAGGACAAAAUCCUGGAAGUCUUAUCAUCAUCACAGGGUAACAUCUUGGAGGAUGAGACAGCCAUUGAGAUCCUGUCCUCCAGUAAAGUCUUGUCCUCGGAAAUCUCCGAGAAACAGGUGGCCGCCACCAAGACAGAGGCUGAAAUUGACGAGGUCCGCAACGGAUACAAACCGGUGGCCAAACAUGGGAGCAUCUUAUUCUUUGUUAUCUCUGACCUUGCCAACAUUGACCCCAUGUACCAGUAUUCCCUCUCAUGGUUCAUCAAUCUUUAUCUACAGUCAAUCAUUAACAGUGAUCCAUCUUCUGACCUUGAUCAACGAAUCUUUCACCUGAAUGACCACUUCACCUACAGCAUCUACAGAAACGUGUGUCGCUCCCUGUUUGAGAAGGACAAGCUGCUGUUUUCCUUCCUGUUGUGUAUUGGCAUCGCAAAGCAGCAGGGAGAAGUUGACGACCAGGAGUGGAGAUUUCUACUGACAGGAGGGGUUGCCCUGGAGAACUUGUUCCCUAACCCCGCGUCAAGCUGGCUGCCAGAGAAGUUGUGGGGAGAAAUUGUUCGCUGUUCAGAUGUCCCUGCCUUUAAGGGCUUCAUGGAACAUUUCAAACAGAAGCUGCCUUUAUGGAAAGAACUAUAUGAUUCGCCGACUCCCGAAACGGAGCCCAUCCCUAAACCUUGGUCAGAAAACCUCAGCAGUCUACAGCAACUCAUCAUGCUAAGAUGUCUACGUCCUGACAAGAUGGUGCCAGCUGUCCAAAUAUUUAUUGUAGAAAAAAUGGGACAGCGUUAUAUUGAGCCCCCGACCUUUGACCUUUCUGUUUGUUACCAAGACUCUCAGUAUUUUUCACCGCUGAUUUUUGUUUUGUCACCUGGAGCGGAUCCGAUGGCUGGACUUUACAAGUUCGCGGAGGAAAAAGGUCUAAUUCCUCGAACUCUGCCACGCGAAGCCACCUUGGCAGGUGCCAAGGAGAAAGACGAUCCUAAACACAACCUUGCUUCCAUCCUGGGGGUGUCGAGUACCUCCUCCGAACAGAGAGGUUCUGGUGGGAAGGGACUGAAGACUAUAUCCUUGGGCCAAGGUCAAGGUCCUAUUGCUGAGAGGAUGAUUCUUGAGGCAAUAGAGGGGGGUACUUGGGUGGUGCUACAGAAUUGUCACCUUGCAGCGUCUUGGUUAGGAGAGAUGGAGAGGAUCUGUGAAACUGUGAUAAAUGACCCAACAAAGACCAAGCCUACUUUCCGUCUGUGGCUGACCAGCUACCCCUCACCAGACUUCCCUGUGUCUGUCCUACAGAACGGGAUCAAGAUGACCAAUGAGCCGCCAAAAGGACUGAGGGCCAACCUGCUCAGGUCCUACCUCAACGAUCCAAUAUCUGAUCCCUCCUUCUUUAAAUCGUGCAAUAAACCUGAUGUGUUUGAGAAGCUACUGUUUGGCUUGUGCUUUUUCCAUGCCCUGGUUCAGGAGAGGAGGAAAUUCGGACCGCUUGGCUGGAACAUUCCAUAUGAGUUCAAUGAAUCUGACCUUCGAAUAUCAGUCAGACAGCUGGAGAUGUUUAUCAGUGACUACAAAGACCCUCCCCUGGAGGCAUUGUCCUACUUGACCGGUGAAUGUAACUACGGUGGCCGGGUAACCGACGACAACGAUCGACGCCUCAUUAUGAGUAUCCUGAAGAUAUUUUACUCUGGUGAGAUUAUAACAGACGACAACUACAAACUGUCAUCAUCGGGAAUCUACUUUGCUCCGCCAAAGGGGUCGUAUGAUAGCUAUGUGGCCUACAUCAAGAGCCUGCCUCUUACACCACAUCCCGAGGUAUAUGGUUUCCAUGAGAACGCUGAUAUAUCUAAAGACCAGCAGGAGACUCAACAGCUGUUUGACGGCAUCCUGCUGACGUUGCCGAGACAGAAUUGGCUGCCCUUAAACAUAUCUCAAUUCUUAUGCCAUCAUACCAGUGGAGGUGGAAAGUCCUCUCAAGAAAUCAUAGAGGAGCUGGCUAGUGAUAUUCUUACCAAGAUACCACCAGACUUCAACCUUGAGGAGGUCAAGACAAAGUACCCGGUGCGUUACGAAGAGUCGAUGAACACGGUGCUGCUUCAGGAACUGAUCAGGUUCAAUCGUUUAAUCCAAGUUGUGAGAAGCAGUCUCCAGGAUAUCCGCAAAGCCAUCAAGGGUCUCGUUAUCAUGUCCUCAGAACUUGAGGAUGUCUUUGACAGCAUGAUGGUUGGCAAGGUCCCAGCUAUGUGGGCAGCGAAAUCGUACCCGUCCCUGAAGCCCCUAGGGAGCUACGUUACCGACCUUCUGGCAAGGCUUACAUUCUUCAAGGACUGGAUAUAUGGAGGGCCGUCCAUUGUGUUUUGGAUUUCUGGGUUUUACUUCACCCAGUCAUUCCUCACAGGGGUGAUGCAGAACUACGCCCGCAAGUACAAGAUCCCCAUUGAUCACCUCGGCUUCGAGUUUGAGGUGACAAAAUCAGAAGCUAACAUGUCUAGUAAACCGUCUGAUGGGGCCUAUAUCAAGGGGCUUUUUAUGGAGGGAGCCCGUUGGUGUCGGACUGAAAAGGUCAUCGUGGAGUCCCUCCCAAAGAUCCUCUAUGAUCUCAUGCCAGUUAUACAACUGAAGCCAGGGAAUAAGGCUGAGUUUGACCUCAGAAAUACCUACGCCUGUCCCACUUACAAGACCAGUGCUCGGCGAGGGACCCUGUCCACCACCGGUCACUCCACCAACUUUGUCCUGACCAUUAUGUUGCCUAUAGACAUGGAGGAGAACCACUGGAUCAACAGAGGAGUAGCUCUGCUGUGUCAGCUAGAUGAUUAGGUAGUGUCGUAACAUUCAAGGUCACUUCAAGGUCAAAUUAGAUCAAACAUUCAAGGUCAUCUCAAAGUCAACUGCAGCCUCGCUAUUUUAAUUAAAGUGGUGGCUUUGAUAUGCGGGACAAUAAUAACAUCGUAACAUUCAAGGUCAUCUCAAGGUCAACCACAGGGUCGCUGUGUGGAUUAGGGAUUAUAGCCACUAGAUAACUACAUCCCACCUCACCUCAAGUUUAACUUGGGGAAGCACUGUGCCGUAUCAGCUGUACAAUUGGAUAGUGUUUUAACAUCCCAGGUCACCUCCUAACUAAAGGGUUGCUGUGUGGAUAUUCACAAAUUGUUAUCCAGGGUUUUUGGGCAACAAGUUGGUGUCACCUAGAUGUUGAAGAAUAUUAUUCAUGGUCACCUCAAAAUGGACAAGAGUGUUUCUGGUUUGUCACCUAGAGUACAACAUUUGUAGUCACUGCAGGAUCAACAUGUACAAAUUAGAGGAUGACUGAUCAGCGAAUGAAUACACUAACCGUAGACUGUUACACGAUCAACAUAGAGGAAUGCGAACUUUAGCUUCUCUUGUUCAUCAGUAAAUCAUCAGACAAUAUUAUUGUGUUGGAUUUGUAGAUAUGCUUGACUGUAAGCAUGGUGUCGAGCUAUCAGUGGAAAUACGGUGGAGUUAAUGGGUUCUGUACUCCAAUCAUUUGGCUAAUUAUGAUGGAAGGAGUUCAGAAUCAUCUUACUAUUUGUGAUAAUGUUUUAUUGGUAUCACAGUGCUACUAUGGUCACAUAGUGUAUUGCAGUGGGUUCACAUGACGUAGUGCUAUAUAUGGGCACUACAGUUGUCCGAUUGAAGGGUAAACGUGCAAAUCGUUUGUUUGAUCUAUAUUCUAUGUCACACAAUAACACCUUAUCCAGGGUACAUAGAAACUCAUCAGAUUUGUAAAUAAGAAAUUGUUAAACAUGUAUAUAUUUUUCAAGUGUCACCACAUGCAAUGACUUGAUCAAGUUAAAAUGUCUAUGGAUUUGUUCUUUAUCCACUUGAAUGAUUAGUCAUACUGACAUUAUAUGUAGUGCAUCAUUAUUUGUUCAUGAAAAAUAUGUGUAAAUUAUGGAAUAAUAAUCUUUGAUAUGACAUUUCCUUUUACAUAAGGCUUUAGCAUUGCAUUACAUUUUAUUGUUUUCAUAUUAAAUUGCAUUGGUGCAAGUUAAGGAUAUCGAGUAGGUACAAUGUAUGUAUGCUAUUUUCAUUAUUUGAGGUAUAUCAUUAUUAGAAAGGUCCCUCUUAUAUUACAAGCUGGGCCAGGGGAACUUCAGAUCAAGUUGUCUGGAAAAUUUGAUUCUGGAUAAAUAAGAUUUGUAACCAGUUAAAAAAAGAACUAUUUGUAUAAAAGCAGAAAAGACAAUUUCUACAUAAGGGAAUUCUAUAUUCUUUGAAAAUUGUUUGUCCUUAAUGAAAUAGAGGUAGCAUUACUUAAUAUUAGAAUAGAUAUACUGGGGAGGUAGAUAGUUCAGCUGAUCAUAGUCCAGAUUGAUGAUCUACAACUUGUAUCUCGUACCAAAUCCUGUGAUAGUAACAUCGUUACUUAUGUAUAUACGCUGUAACAGGCAGGUUUCUUUUAUUUUCAUGUUUUUUAUUUUCAUGUUUUACAUAAAUAUUUAUUUUGUCUCAGUUUUUUAAUGAAAACUAUAUUAAAUUGUUAAAAGAACAAUAUUCUGUCUACAUAUUGAUGUAUAAAGUACUUUUAGUAUUAUAUACCGCCUACACAAGUCUUUCACGUGUGCUUUGUUGUAGUAUGUUAAUAUUUAUACAAACAUGUUAUACACUGGGGAAAACUGCAGUUGUUCCUGAAGUGUGUUGUAACAAGUUUAAGUACAAAAUAAUGUGAAUGAUGUGUUUAAUAAACAAAACUACACUCCAUGAUGUGAAACUAUUAAUUGCAUCAAUUCACUUUGGUGCCAUGAAUUUGAAAUCUGACCAAACUUCAUGGUGGGUGGAAAUGAAGCUGAUAAAUAUUCCUUGAAUAUGUACAAACAAUCCACAUAUUGUUUUAAUACAACUUAUGGUUUGUAUAGUCCUGAGUAUUUUUUAUCACUAUGCAUGUUUAAGAUUGAAUUUGUUUUAUCUCUUUCGAAAAGCAGUUUAUAGAUAACGGAUUAAAAUCUAAGUAUAGAAUAGUAAUAUUCUCGUGUUACCUUUGAUCAAAUUGAUGUUUUUUCUCGUUAGCAGUUAAAAGAUAUAUAUUCAAUAUUUGUUUAUUUCCUUUGUGAAUUAUGUAUUUUGCUUUUAAAACUAUUAUACCAACGUAAUGCUAAAAUCUUUUUUGUAAAGAAUUCAUUAUAUGGAAAGAAGUAUUUAUUAAAUAAAUAAUUGACUAAUGCUGUCUGUAUUUAUAUAGAUUAACCGAAAUGAUAGUGAACCAUGCUUUAGAUAAUCACAUAUAACUAAAGGUAGAGACCCACCAUUUUACUUCCGUUUAUAGGUUCUAAAAAAUGUUAUUUUCCUGUCAAAAGAAGAUGCGGAACUAGUUGGAACUCUUCUAUGUAGGAAAUAAGACACGGCGCUGGGACUCUCUACCUUAAUGCAAUACAAUGGUAAUGAAAUAGAUAUAGAGAAAAUUGGAAGCCGUGUAUGUUAACAUGACCGUUCUGUUUCUAAUUAUAUAAAAAGGAGGUCAAAUGAUCGUUCUAGGGAAUACUACCUCUUUUUUGUUGUUGACAUUAAAUCAAAAUUUAAACAUAUACAAACAUAUCACUUAAGAAUUAGGAUUAUGUAUCAGUUUUUUGCAGUGUAGAAGUUUGUGGUACAUUUUUCCAGCUGAUGAAAAUCGGUAUACAGAUGUACUACUUUUAUUCACAUCAGAAACAAAAAAGGCUCAGAGUUGUAUAUAAACGCUAGGUUUAACAACUUUUUUUUACAAAGAUUUCAUAAAAGUUAUGUGAUUUUGUGGUUAAUAAAAGUAUUCAAAAAAAUUUCUAAAGUGAAACUUUAUUGACUUUGAAACAUGAAAUUUAAACUUGAGCUUCGUGGUGAAUUGUGAAUAUAUGGGUCCAUACAUAUUUUUCAUUUCUUGAUUUAGUAAAAUCGAGAUUAUUGCACUGUGAUAAAAUGUGAUAAUUAUAUUAUUGGUACAUGUUAUUUAAGGGGUUAAAUUAUGUUAUACAUUAUUCAUUGAACAUUGAAAUCCAUUGAUAUUUUCUCCAUAUUAAAUGUCCAAAUUUUCUUCUAAGCAAUAGUGACCCACUUAAAGUGUUGCACAACGUUAACGUUUUAUUAUAUUUUAUUUUAUUUCGAUGUGAAAUGUCCUGUUUAGUUAGUAUCGGUUAAUUAUACAGUAUUGUUAUCCGUCCUAUGUUAAAAUGCACCUACUCACCAAUUAUUUAUUUAGAUACUUGUCAGUUAUAGUUCAGCAUAGACGAUAUUUAUUAUUUCAUACAGUACAUGUAUAAACCAGUAGCUUUCAUUAAUUUAUUUACAACUUUUUUGCAUUGUGAUCUUUAUGUUUUAUUUUAGAUAUAUCACGUUUUCGUCUGUUUGUGAUAUUAAGUAUAUGUUUAGUUUUGUUUUGUCUUGUUUCUGCAGUCAUCAUCAUUAUUAUCAUUUCUGUCUUCAAUUGUCUAUUGCCAUUCUGAUCUCUCACCUAUCAUAUGUUGUUUUUAUAAUGAUGAAAACAACUUGUAGAUUGACGUUUUAUUGAAUGUGUCGUCACACCCUUGAUGCUUGCUGUGUCCCCGAAACAUGUAUUCGAAAAAAUACAUCCCGAAGUAUGCACAUCAGCUUCACACCUUUCUUCCUGAAAUCAAAAUUGCAUCUGUGACAGAGAAUGAAUGAUACAUUAAACUUAUCAGAGGAAAAAGGAUGAGUCCUGCAAUUCAUGUAUAUCAUUGUUCAUUAUAGUUUCAUUGUAGUUUACUCUAAAAGUUUCACUAGUACAGCAGAAAGGAUUUUUUGUUUUCAAUUUCUUAAGUAUGUAGCUUAGGUCGUUGAUGAAUUCGGCAAUGGCACAUGGAAAGAAAACAAGAUUUUAAAUUGUAUUUUGUCGGUAUGAUUUCUUAUGUCGUAUUAAAAUUGCUGCUUGUGAUAUUAGAUUAUGACUUUUAUUACUUGGGAUGUUAAAUGAUAUCAUUAAUUGAUUGGGAAGUUUUUUUUUUACCUUUGACACAAUUAAUUCAUUAGCACCUAAAACAUGUACAGUGUUAUUUCUUAAGUAUUUGUAGGUCACUAUUUGUAUAUAGGUCACUGUGACCUAUUUUUAUUGUAUAAAUAUACAUGACACAUUUUGUCUGUGAUAUGGUUGUUCAUGAUCAAGUGUCCGUCUCGAUGAUGCAGACGCAGGUAUUAAUUACAACAUUGUGUAGUGUUGUAUCUCAAAGUCGUUACGGUAAAUGCUUGAUUUUUUUUUAUCCAAAUAUGUCCCACAAAGGCGUAAUUAAAGAUUAAACAUUUGUCAGUAUCACUGCUUAAAUCUAAAAAAAUUGUGAAAUGGCUCACUGAAUGUAAAAUCAUUGUCGGUAUCAUUGCUUAAAUGUAGUAUAAUGACAUGAAAGUAAUUAAAUAAAAAGGAACAUUUCGGUAAAAAAUUAUAUUCUAAAUACUGUAGUAUGAUAAAAAAAAAUGUUUGGCAUUUACCGGACCUAAGACUUUCCAUGAUAUAAUUGGUAUUAGUAUAUUAAAUGAAGGUUACACAUUAUACGGUGAAAAAUAAAUUAUUUUCAUACAUUUUUAGCAAGUUUUUG